AUGCAAUGCACAUUGAAUAAUGCCACCUAAAUUCAAUCUUUGAGGCAAUGCGCAUACAUUGAUUCAAAUAGUUGUCUUCCUUGACCUGGUCUUGGUUGCAUCCCGCCAUAAAUCAAUCCUAGCAUGUAGGGAUAGGAAAAUUUUGACUUUGAUCUCUAGUUGCAGCCGUCAUUUGCUUUGCCACAAAUUGAAAGAAGACUUAAUGCUAGCUAGCAUAAUAGUGUAUAAAGAUAAACUAACGACGCCCUCAAUGAACGAAAUCACCAAGCAUUAAUCACCAUCAAAGCUCUCACACCAAAAAUAUUCUAUUAUUUUUCUAUCCUCAAACGCAAACAAUCAAUACAUUCUCUUACUCCUUCCAAUUAAGAAGAUGUACUUCCGAACUCUCUUCUUGGCAUUUGUGACCUUGACGGUUACUGUUUCUGCCAUUCCUGUCUCAGGUAUGUCUUUUAAAAUGCCAUCUAGGCACAAUCAUUGAUCUAAUAUGUUGCGUAGGUACCGAUGCUGAGGCGGAUACGGAUAAUCAUAUAUGUGCAAGAAAUGCGGUCCCAGAGCCUGGUUGUGCUUUCAAGCGUACUAUUGCACUGGAUAUCAGCCAGUGAAAGAUGCUCCGAAGAUCAGCAAUUGAGGUUUAAAUGUGUGUUGAUAGUCUGAGUGGCUGCAAGUUGUGAUAUCCUGGACGGCAAGGAAGGCGGCAGUGCUUGAUAUAUUGAAUUGACAAACAAUUUGGCCACUUGUCAAUUAUUUGAAUGUAUGGAUAUCUGUGAAUUCUGACUG